AUGCAAGAACCUCCCCAACCCCUCCACAUCGGCCUCAUAGGCGCCGGCCUCGGCGGCCUGCUGGCCUCAAUCAGCAUUUCCCACUCCACCAACAGAGCCUGUCGCGUAACAAUCCUCGAAGCCGCCUCCCAACUCGGCGAAAUCGGCGCCGGGAUCCAAAUGACACCCAAUGUCUCCCGCCUCUUGAUUCGUUACGGCGUAGACAAAAUCAUCGGCGACGAUUUAGUUCAAUGCAGAAAUAUCAAUAUGCGGAAUACAAAAGGCGAAAUCAUUCAGAGGACAGAAUUAUAUCCUAAGACUGUGAGAGAGUUUGGUUUCCCGUGGUGGAUGGUGCAUCGACAUCAUUUACAUACGGGAUUAGCGGAAGCGGCGAGGAGGCAUGGGGUGGAGAUUUUGGUGGGGGAGAGGGUUGUCAAGAUCGAAUAUGAGAAGGAGCUUGGGGAACCUGUGGAAGUCGUGACGGAGAAGGGGAAUAAGUAUUCGUUUGAUUUGUUGAUUGGGAGUGAUGGACUCAGAUCCGUGGUACGAAAGACUUUGUUCCCGGAAGUUGUGCCGAGAGCUCCGACGAAUAAUGCUGCAUAUCGAGCAGUGUUGCCUUAUGACUAUGUUUAUGAGAAAGUCCCAGAGGCGAGGGAGUUCGGCAAUGAUAUUGACGUGUGGUCGUUGGAGAAGGGGUAUAUUAUUCAGUAUCCGAUUGCUGCUGGACGGGAUUGGAAUGCUGUGAUGUCGCAUUAUCGAGAUGAGCCGGUGACGGAUGUCGAGGAGGAUUGUGAUAUGAAGGAGAUGGUUGAAUACUAUAAGGAUCUGGAUCCGAGGAUUUUGAAUAUUUUGAAACUUGUGCCAACUUCGAAGCGCUGGCCGUUGUUGAUCACUGGUCCGCUGAAUUCUUGGUCAAGUCCGCAAAAGAAUGUCGUCCUCAUGGGUGAUGCAGCUCACUCCAUGGUGAAUCAUCUCGCACAAGGUGCUGCUACUUCGAUGGAAGACGGAGCUUUCCUAGGUCGUGUCAUCGGUGAGGUCGUACGCGGAGUGAUCUCCAUGCCAGAAGCGAUCGACAUCUAUGAGAAAGCGCGCAUGCCUCGAGUCUGGAUCAAGCAGCAAGCUUCAUUCGUAAUGGGUAGCAUCUACAUGGCUGAUCCAGAGCGUGCAGCAUAUCGCGAUGCUGUCACUGCCGAUGCCGUGAAAGAGACCUCGGCAAUGGCAGAUGUGAGAAACCUCAACUCACAUCAGAAAAUCACAGGUCCCGAUCCAAACGCACACUCGUGGAAUUUAUGGGGUGCUCCAGAAACCGUGCAAAGCAUCUUUGGGUACGAUGCCGAAGGUGAUGCAGAUUUUGCAGUGUUGAAGUACUUGCAAGAGAAGAGUCUAUGGGAUCCAGAGACCGGGGUCAGUCAUGCAUUGGAGCAGAAGUGGACAGGAUGGUAUCUUCCAAAGGAACAUGUGGGGAGGAUAGCCAACUCUCGAGGAAAUCAAUUGUAGCGAGCUUGGCCCAGGAUUUUGGGGGCGGAUUUGCGGAUAUGCUGAUGAACGCGGGGAACCUCAUCGUGUUCGCUCUCGAUUUCUCCGUCGUCCUCGUGAUAAUGGUUCUAGUGUGAAGGAAAGACAGGCCGUUGAGCUGAGGCGUAUUGGUUGGAGUCAGCAUGUUUUCUUGUUGGUGCCUGACCCUCCCUCCACGCACGCUCUCCAACGCCAAGAUAGUGCUUCGGGUUUCCUGAUCCGUCAUUGCGGGAACCUCGCUUCAUCUUUUUCCCUCCUAGUCUGGCAGGUCUGAUGUCCUUCACCGACAUCGUGAGCAGCAGAAAAAGAGAGAUAGUCCAAACUUUG